GCUUCGUCAAAAAACAACGGCAUGAGCUAAUAACAUAAAAUGGGCUGCAGGAGUCGCUUUAAAGCCGCUGAAAUGGACAUAAAAUAGCAUUUAUGUCCAUAGUGAAGAAUGAGACGUUGCUCUCUGACAUCUUAUUCUGCUAAAAUCCUAAAGGAGUUAACGCUUUUGUUAUAACUCCACGGAAUGAUUUCUCAUGAUGCGCUGCAUCUUCUAACGACUGCGCAUCUGGAUUAGGCUAACAAGCAGUUAGCAGCGCGUCGUGUUGUUGCAGUCCUCUGCAGUCGUUACGUUUAGUGGCAGCUAGCUAGUUUAGCUAGCUGUCAGCUUUCAGCUCUCGCCUAAAUAUUUGUCAGCUUCCUGCGGCUGCUAACCUCCAAAGGUCCACCGACAAUGUAAAUCACUAUGUGGCCUAAGAGACGGGAAAUGGCAGUGCCAGUGAUGGCCUCCCCCAUCCCUGUCUCCACCAUCAUCCUGAUGGUUCUCCUCUCAGCCCAGUCACCUGGAUGCCAGGCAGGAAACUGCAAGGGCCACAGGCAGGUGCUGAGAGGGCCACCAGGUUAUGUCACAGAUGGACCCGCAAACUACUCUGUCAAUGGGAACUGCGAGUGGCUCAUCAAAGCUCCCAGCAGCACUCAUCGAAUCGUCUUGAAUUUCACCCACAUGGAAACGGAGUGCACCUAUGACUACCUGUUUGUGUAUGACGGAGACUCCUACCAGAGCCCUCUUCUUGCCAGUCUGAGUGGAAACUCUUUGCCUGAACCCAUCGAAGCCACGUCUGGAAAAAUGCUUAUUCAUCUCUUCAGUGACGCUAAUUACAACCUUUUGGGCUUCAACGCGACCUACACCUUCUCACUUUGUCCCGGAGCUUGCGGCGGACACGGUCGCUGUAAUUCCUCAACAGCGAGGUGCCAGUGUCCUCAGGGUUGGGGAGGAGAAGCUUGUACAACUCGUCAAUGUCCCAAGGCUUGUUCUUUGAACGGCCAAUGUGACAAGAAAGGAGAAAACUGCCAGUGUAACCCCGGUUUUCUGGGUCACAGCUGCCAGCUUGGUCUCCGUGACAACAACGGGGCGGGGCAGUGGUGGCGUGUAAGUGAUGGAAACCCAAACACACCUCCGAGGACGGGUUCUGCCGGCGUGUACUUAUACCCAACCGGAGCCAUGUACUUGUUUGGCGGUUUUGAUCUGAACAAAGCUCUUGGUGAUUUGAUCAAAUACAACUUUACAUCCAACCAAUGGGCGAGCCGCUCCUAUGGUCAUUCCCCUGCGGCUCGUCACUCCCACACAGCUGUGGAGUACAUGGGCAACAUGGUUAUUUUUGGAGGAGAGCUGGCAAACGGCUCCCUGGCCAGUGAUGUGUGGAAGUACCGACCGCUCGAAGAUGACUGGCAGCAGCUGGGGUUCUCCUCUUCCAGGGGCGCUCCUAAACUGGCUAAUCAUGCUGCAGCGGUGGUUGACAGUUAUCUCUACGUGUUCGGAGGUCGCACUGAGGAGGAUAUGUUUUCCUCGACUCUAUAUCGGUUUGGCUUGCACGGUUCUGGGCGGUGGGAAACGGUUCAGCCCACCGGUGGCAAACCUCCUGCCUCUGCUGGCCACUCCAUGGUGUUCCACAACCACUCCAGGACUCUGUUGGUCUAUGGAGGCCACAGGCCUACCACUGCCAGGUUUAGCGUGCGGGUGAACAACACCGACGUCUUCCACGUAGACAGGCGGUUCUGGACAUCUUUCCGUUCUCGUUUCCCAGCUGCUGGGCCCAGAGAGAGAGCUUUCCACACAGCUACCGUCAUUGGAAACUACAUGGUGGUCUUUGGAGGAAAUGUGCACAUCCACUACCAAGAGGAGAAAUGCUACGACGAGGAAAUCUUUUUUUACCACUUGGGCUGCCAUCAGUGGGUGUCGUCAGGGACGAGGUGGUCAUCCAAUGGAGAGGCUGUAAGGGGCCGAUACUCGCACGUGGCUGCCGUGAUGGAGGGACGUGUGUUGCUGGUUGCCGGUGGUUACAGUGGUGUUGCCCGUGGAGACCUCAUGGCCUAUAGAGUCCCGCUGUUUGUUAGCAGCGGUAAAGGUGAAAGGGAUGCUGUUUGUGCUGAAGCCAUCGAUGAAAGCAUGUGCCUGAAGAACCCAGAGUGCAGCUGGUGUGAAGGCCGGUGUCGAGAGUACCAGCCCACUGACCCGUGUGGCAGCACCGGUUGCUUGGGCCUCGCUCGCUUCCUGUCCGACUGUCAGUCCUGCCUGGUGUUCAGUGGCACCCCAGAGUCUCUCGCCCGAGCCCCCGGUGAAUUUGGCUGGUGUGUUCAGAAUGAGUCCUGCCUACCUGUGUCAGAGCGAAGUGCGUGCCGUGUGGACCAGAUCUCAGGGGCGUACGGCUGGUGGGGGGAGCGUACCCUUUUCCUAACCUCCCUCCACUCCUGUCGCACCGAGAACUAUGUCCCGGGACUGCACCUGCUCACCUUCCAGCACCCCCGCAACGACUCCCAGCCUGACAAGGUGUCCAUCCUCCGCAGCACCACCAUCAUUCUUAGUCCCACCACAGAAAUGGAUGUGGCCCUACAGUUCAAGGGCUUCAUCCACCCGUUGUGGGGGGGGCCUCCACCUGCACCUCCUCCUUCAGAGACCGUCUCCAUGUGGGCUCGCAUCCAGAGGCUCCACUUUGAGGCUAGAAUGGCAUCAGGGCCCAACUCCACCCAAAUGGAGGUGGUGGGUCGCUGGGCAGCUCAGCAGGAAAAGGAGCUGAAGCUGCUGGUUCGGCCAGACGGGAAUCGACUCUUCUCCAACCUGACCAGGGGCAACCAUUAUCUUGUUCAAGCUGAGGGUUACCUCAACAGCUCAGGCUCAGGACAGACCAGUGAAAUGGCGCUGACCUGGAACAGAACCUUACCUGGAGGCAGUGAGAUCUCUUUCCUGUUCCUGGAGCCUUUCCGCUCCGGCUCCUGCUCGGGGUACAUGUCCUGUCUGGCCUGUCUCUCUGACCAGUCCUGUGGCUGGUGUCCAUCUUUGUCCCGCUGUGUGCUGCGAGACAGCCCUGACCUGGAACACUGUCCUGAAACAGAAACAGUGGAGGGCAAACGCGAAGGCCACCGCCAUCUGCUGCUGGCCCCUCAGCACUGCACCCUGUGUGAAGAGUACCGGGACUGCUCUGCUUGUGCGCAGGACCCUUACUGCGAGUGGCAGAUAAACUCCAGUAAGAAAGGUGACUAUCAGUGCAGUCGGCGGGGCAGGUUAGAAGGAUCCAUACGAGAACCGAAAGGGUGUCCCAAAGUGUGCAGCCAAAGAAAAACGUGUGGCGAGUGUCUGUCUAACUCCAGCCAGUGUGCGUGGUGUGAGUCGGCUCAGGCGUGCUUCUACUUCGCUGCUUACCUCACAAAGUACCCCUAUGGAGAGUGCAGGGACUGGUACGACAGCGUGCACUCGGUUCCCCAGUGUAAGCAGUGUUCAGCUUUAAACACAUGUAGCGAGUGCCUGAGAACGUUUCAGUGUGGCUGGUGUGGCGACUACAACAAUCCCACUAUAGGGAAGUGUUUGAGGGGAGACUGGGAGGGAGUCGACGACCUGUCUGUUUACAACUGCAGCGUGGCUGUGGCUGAAGCUCGGGCUGCAAACCCCGAGCCGCAGACCUCCGCUCCCCCUAGACCCCUGGAGAUGGAGCUGGAGUUGGAGCACUUUGACGAGGAGGAGGAGAGGGAUGCAGUCUGGUCCUACUCCACCUGUCCUGAUGUGGAGGAAUGCAGGCUAGGUCUCCACAACUGUCACCCGUUUGCCACCUGCAUCAACACUCCCACCUCUUACGAGUGUCACUGUGAGAGAGGAUACACCGGCAAUGGCACGCUGCACUGCAAUAAGACUUGUUACAACGAGUGUCGAGAGGGCCAGUGCAGCGGCAGCCCACGGUUUGAAUGUGAAUGCUCGCUGGGCUGGACCUCUGAUCCAGACACUCUGGUUCUGAGUGGUGUUGAGUGUGAUGUAGACUGUGGCUGCAACUUUCACUCCACCUGCAUCACUGCUCCCGGGAUCUGUGACGAAUGCCAGGAUUGGACCACUGGGCCUCACUGUGAGCACUGCCGUCCAGGUAGCUUUGGCUCAGCCCUGGCUGGAGGGGGCGGCUGUGUGCCUUGUGAGUGCAACGGACACGGCGACCCUCUCCAAGGAUACUGUCACAACCAGACAGGCCAGUGCUACUGCACUCACAACACCCAAGGACCUCACUGUGAGUCCUGUCUGCCUGGUUACUAUGGAGAUCCCAGGAACAACGGCACCUGCUAUCGUCAGUGUCAGGGCCGCUCCGUCCUGCUGUCCUCCCCCUCCUCCUCAACCAUCCCCCUGUCCUCGUCUUUGGGAUGGCGGAGCGGCACAGAAAGGAAAGGAGGACUUUCUCACUGCUUGUGGGUUCUGUCUGUCACCGAGAGUCUGGAACCUUGUUCUCCUCGGCAGCUCUGUCCUCCAGUAGCUCUCACUCUACACCCCGACUCACACACUUACUGUAAAAGCUCAUAUGUUUAUGUGUUUGAUGGCCUUCCUCGAUUUCUGGGUAAUGGAGUUGUGCAUUCUGACCAUAACCUUAUUGGAGCGUUCUGUGGAACCACGAGGACUCAGCCUAUCACGGUUCAGGCCAGCUCAGGCGUGAUUUCAGUUUACUUCGAAGCCAACGUCUCAUCAAACAAACCACAAGGAUUCAACGCGUCUUUCUGGGUACGACGGUGUCACCAGAACUCCGAUGAGGAUGAAGAGGGAUCGUCUGUGUGUCCGGCUGGAGCCCAGUGCAAGAGUGGGCUCUGCGAGUGUCCUCGGGGUUACGGGGGUCCGCACUGCGAUAGGCUCUUGUGUCCUCAAGGCUGUGGAGCUUCAGAAGGAAGAGGAGCUUGUAAUGUGUCUCUGGGAGUGUGUGUGUGCUUGGAAAGCUGGACCGGCCCAGACUGCUCAGUUCCUCGAGACUCCAACAGUUUGAUUUGGGAGACGCUUUUGGACACACAGCUGACAAUGAACCAGGCCCACCGGUUCCUCCAUAGGAUGGGUCACACUCUGGUGUCUGGACCAGAGGGGAAUCUCUGGAUGUACGGAGGACUUUCCUUGUCAGGGGGCAUUCUGGGAAAUGUUUACAGAUAUUCUGUGAUGGAGCAUCGCUGGACCCAAAUGUUAACGGGUUCUCUGGAUGAAGGAUCGACUCCCAGUGCUCGCUACCGCCACGCCUCUGCGCUUCUGACCAGUUAUGAGCCCGGCUCCGGAAGCCACGAAAGUGGACACAGCUUCAUGGUAGUGGUGGGCGGUGUCACUCGAAAUGGUGUUGCCAUGGAUACCUGGAGUCUCAAUCUCAGCAGCUUGGUCUGGAGAGAACAGAAGAGCUCAGUGCUACCCCCCGUAGCAGGUCACACCUUAACCGUACGCAGAGACGCUUCAGUGCUUCUGAUUGGAGGUUACUCUCCAGAAAAUGGAUUCAACCACCACCUACUGGAGUUCAGUCCUCAUACUGGGAACUGGACAGUUGCACCCCACACAGGAACACCACCUACAGGUUUAUACGGCCACUCGGCGGUGUACCAUGAGCAGACUGACGCCAUCUACGUGUUUGGAGGCUACCGCUUUCACGUGGAGGCAGUGGAGCCGUCGGGAGAGCUCUACAGUCUGUAUUAUCCUAAUCUUACCUGGUCGCUCCUGGUACCCUCACAGGGCAACAAGCCCCUUUCCCGUUUCUUCCAUGCUGCUGCUCUGAUCAAAGACACCAUGGUUAUUGUUGGGGGGAGGACAGAAGAAGAAGACUACAGUAACUCUGUGUCUCUGUACCAGAUCAACUGUAACACCUGGAUACAACCAGUUUCGGCUGUAGGAGAUCCGGUAAAUCGGUCUGUGUCCCUCGCCAUGGCAAGCUGGGGUGGUCGCCUUUUCCUGGCAGGUGGCUUCAACGGGGUCACGCUGGGCAGACUCCUCACACUGUCGGUGCCCUCUGACCCCUGCGCCCUGCUGCCCACGCCAGACACCUGCAACGGCACCACUGGGAGCUGCGUCUGGUGCCGAGGCACCUGUGCUUCAUCUGAUCUCGCUGAAAGGAUGGGCUGCUUCUCCGGGCCGUCCCCUUGCUCACCAACUCCCCGUCAGCCAGAUCAGUGCCGCAGACUAAAGACCUGCAGCGAAUGCCUUGCUCGACAUCCUAAAACAUUUUCCAGUUCAUCACAGCCGGCCCUGCAGUGUAAGUGGUGCACCAACUGCCCAGAAGGGGCUUGCAUCAGUAGCUCCGUCAGCUGUACGUCAGAACACGACUGUCGGAUCAACCAGAGGGAGAUUUUCCUUUCCAGCAACUGCACUGAGACCAGCUGUGAUGCUUCGGACUGCCCCAAGUGCACGGCGUCUGGAAAGUGCAUGUGGACUCGUCAGUUCAAGCGCACAGGAGAGACGAGGCGCAUCCUGAGUGUGAACCCCACCUACGACUGGACGUGCUUCAGCUACGCUCUGCUCAAUGUCUCACCCAUGCAGGUGGAGUCGUCUCCCCCUUUGCCGUGCCCUCCCCCCUGCCACACUCUCCACAACUGCAGCCUCUGUCUGGGCUCUAGGGGCUCUGAUGGGGGCUGGCAGCACUGUGUGUGGAGUAUGGCUCUGCAGCAGUGCAUGAGCCCGUCCUUUGUGCCCCUUCGUUGUGAAGCGGGUCAGUGUGGUCGACUGCUCUCCGGGGGUGACUCCUGCUCUCCUAAGUGCUCCCAGCUCACCCAGUGCUCCCAGUGCAUCGCCAGGCCUCAGUGUGGGUGGUGUGCUACUCGGGGGGGCAACGGCGCAGGGCAGUGCUUACAAGGAGGACUUGAUGCAGGGUUACAUACUCAGCAGUGUUUCUGGUCAGUGUGAGCCCGUGUGUGCACAAGGCUGUGUGAACGGGACCUGUGUGUCUCCAGGAGUUUGCCAGUGCCACUUUGGUUUUGUUGGGGAUAAUUGCUCUUCCCAGUGCAGCUGCAACAAGCACAGCAACUGCGCUGGUGUAAACAAGCGAGAUGUUUGUCUCGAGUGCCAAAAUAACACCAUCGGGAAGCACUGCGAAAAAUGCAAGCCUCUGUAUGUAGGCUCUGCAAAAGGUGGUGGCACCUGCCGUCCGUGUCGCGAGUUCUGUACAGGAAACAGUGUUGUGUGUUUAUCCAGGGAUGAACUUAGUAAGGCCCUCGACAACCCCCGGCUGUUCCCUCUUGACCCCAACAGCAUUCAGAACUGGGUGUCUGAGGGUCCUACAGAAGAAAACGCCGUGUGUGUGAACUGCCAGAACAACAGUGUUGGGGACAAGUGUGAGAGCUGCCUCAUUGGCUAUUUCAUCCUGCAGAAGAAAUGUGAAAAGUGUCAGUGCAACGGCCAUGCAGACACAUGUAAUGAACACGACGGGACCAACUGUCCCUGCCAAAACAACACGGAGACCUCGUCCUGCCUCAGCAGCUCUCAGAGCGAUCGGAAGGACUGCUACAAGCAGCAGUGUGCCAAGUGUAAAGAUUCCUUCAACGGCAAUCCGGUGAACGGGCGCCAGUGCUAUCGGCAGUUCAACGUGGACACGGAGUGCUGCUUUGACCCCACGUCCCAAACAAACUGCUUCCACGACCCCAGCAUUCGCAAUCUGCCCAAAGGUCGCACUGUGUUCUUCGCCGCUCAGCCAAAGUUUACGAACGUGGACAUCCGGGUCACCAUUGACGUUACCUUUGGUGAGGUGGAGGUUUACGUGUCCAACUCUCAUGACACCUUCAUUGUAGACGUGGACCUCCACACGGGGAUUCACACCAUCAAGAUAGAAGAUGAAUCUGUGAGUCGUGGGACAGCUACGGGGACGGAGAAGGAUUCUCCUCCGUCACCUAUUAAAGUGUUUGCCAACGCCUCGUCCAAUCUGGGGGGUCCGGCGCUGUCCCAGAACCCACUGCAGCUGCAGGCCAAACCUCCAGGAGCAGAGAGAGAAAUCGUAGAGGAGCGUGCUGAAGGACUCAUCUCCUAUAUCACCGUGUGGAAACCACAAACGGUCCUGAUCGUCCGUGGAGUUCGGGAUCGCGUGGUCAUCACCUUCCCCCAUGAGGUGCACUCCCUGAAGUCUAGCCGCUUUUACAUCGCUCUCAGAGGCAUGGGGACGGGUGGAAGGCAGGGGGAGUCCCAAGGCCUGCUGUUUCUGAGACAAGACCAAGCCCACAUUGACCUCUUUGUCUUUUUCUCUGUUUUCUUCUCCUGCUUUUUCCUUUUCUUGUCCGUCUGCGUUCUCCUGUGGAAAGUGAAGCAGUUUCUGGACUUUCGUCGGGAGCAGCGGCGUCACAUUCAAGAGAUGACCAAAAUGGCGUCCAGACCAUUCGCUAAACUUUCCAUUUACCUUGAACCGGACGAGCCUCAGCUCAUCUACCUGCCUUCAGCUGGUGGGGGGGUGGGGGGCAGCACCGUAUCUCUCGCUCACGCCCGCACGGGGAAAUUAGCCGGAGUGGUGGUGGGCCAGAGGGGCCGAGCAGGACCUGUCUCUUAUAAACACGACCCAGGUUCCGGACCCACAGCCCACCAUCACCACCACCACCACCACCACCUCACCCUGAGUGGAGGAGGCAACAGCGGACAGCACCUACCACUGCAUUACCUCAACACCCAUCACUACGCCAGCACCACAGCCGGGACCCAGGCUUCACAUCAUCACCAUCCGUCCACAUACACCAGCUACCAGCACUUCUGCCGCUCCGACCCUUUCCUCUCACAGCUCAUGGGCUUUUCCUACUCCUCCUUCAAGGUGGGACCCAUCACCCUGGAGCCCACGGAGGACGGCAUGGCCGGAGUGGCCACCGUCCUGUUCCAGCUGCCUGGGGGCGUCCUGGCUCCUAACCGCGCCUGUUUGGGCUCAGCUCUGGUUACUCUACGGCAGAAUCUGCAGGAGUACUGCGGUCACGGUACUGGAGGGGGGCAUCCAGGGGCAGGUGCAGGGCGCAAGGGGCUGCUUGGCCAUCAGCACUUGACCACUAUGGCUAUGUAGGAACUCAACUAACACAACAAGGCAGAGUUCAGACGGAUGUAAAGUGUUAGGAAUAUAAGAAAUUAGUUUCUUUUUAAAGAGACAGCUACAAAAACAAGCAAAGCCCAAAUGAAAGUUACUGUAUUAAAGUCAGUAACGUUGAGCUUCUUUUCAACAGGCGUGUACAUACACUGUAUAAUGGAAUAAGUGUCUUUUAUUGUACGAUGUAUUGCUAAUCUCUAUUUCAGUGCUUCACAUGACUGAGUCAGCCGUCUCUUGAUGAACUACAGCCGCUACGCGCAUCAGCAACAUUCAGUCAGGUGGUGUCUGAUCACUAAAGCUGAAGCUUUCUCACUGACAAAACAGAUUUGUGUGACAAAAAUCGAGAAUUGUGCGCUUUGAAACCAACAUGUGCUUUACGUCCAAAACAAGUGACAUACAAUCAAGAAUGCUUUUAAAAUUAGGGACUUAAAGUAAAUUGUACGAUGUUAAUCGCCAACCCAGUGCAAAGGAAAACCGUACACUCGGUGUUGCUUGUGAGGUGUUUUUUUAAUCAAUAUUAGUGAUUUCUAAUUGUAACUGAAUAUAUGACGGGCUUCUAAGCCACACAUUUCUGUUGAGAAGACUCCCGAGUAUCAUGCUGCAUAUUUAUUCACGUCUGUUACGUUCUUCGUCUCCUCGGCCUUCGCUUCUCGCCUCGUCUCCGAGCCAGCUGACUGAUUCGUAAUGCUUUUGUUGGAAACGUUUGUGCUGCAGCUCCUAAAGAAAGUAAGACUUUCUGAUUUUCUUUUUUAAGAAAUCAUCCAGGAUUAGGUUUUCCUUGGUGGUUUUCAGUUCUCAACACUAAAAUAAUUUGAAAGCACUACAAAACUCCAUGAACUGAAAGAAACUUUCAAUUUUUUCAAGUGUUUAAUGGUAUUUUGUUCUCUUGACUCCAGACAUUUCAUUUAAUUGGUACAUUUCCAGCUUAGAUGAUUGUAUUUGCCAGUUAUUAUUGCAGUUUCAGACGAUAGAUGUUGGAACUGGAGUAGGAGAUGUGUUACUGUACUGGAGUUUAGAUGCACAGUGAGAGUUAUGAGAGAAAGUCCUCCUGGUGAGAGAUUUCAGAUCAUCUGAAAGCUUAUCUUUUGACUGAAUAGCUUGUUUACUGAUUUUGUUUAAUGUUCUCUUUAGGUUUGCACUGCAUGAAGCCGGUAUAAGCCCUAGUAUCCAACUCUCUUACGCUCGUACUGUAAAGGAUUGAACUAACCAAAGGGCUGAUGGCUUCUUUCGUUCUUGAAUUCAAACUAAAGUCCAAACCAGUCAAUAUUUAAAGCAGCCCUCCACAAAUAAGCAUCAACACUUUUGUUUGUCUGGUAUCUUUGUGUAUGUUUUUCAUUUUAUUAACAUAUUUUGUUUUUGUACAUAACUUUUGUUGUGUUUGUUUUUAAAGAAGGGAUCAGUUCUGUUCAAAAGACUGAGUGAAGCUUGAGUGUCCCGAGUCAGCUGAAAUAAAGUCUGUGGAACAUUAA